CGUGUGCAAAGAUUCAAACAAGUUUCUACUUCCGGAUGGUCCCUCUGUACGCUUUUAUAGUUGUAAUCACCUUUUUACCACCAUUGGACACCUAUUGGACUUACCAUUGGACACCUUGAGCAAACUAUCAAAAAUGUCCGAUGUGCGUACAUAUGUACCUCGAAGCGACGUAACGACAUUCAGAAACCGCCUGCCGAACGGACGAGAUCGUUGUUUGUGUCGGACUUCUGUCAUCAAUUGCCUUCUAUUUGGUCUUACUGUCAACAUUAUUAUUUUUAUUUUUCUUGAUUUUAAUAAUAAUUUUCGUUUGGCAAGUUUGUCCGCCUUGCGAUCACACACGCCAUCAGUCGCCAUGCUUUCAAACGCUUGCGAAGCGUUUUGCCCCAACAACAACCUACUACUUUUUCCAAUUUAUAUUUUAUUUGACGUUUGUGAAUUUAUCCAUCAUUUUAUUCCCGUUCGCAUAUCCAUCCUGGUGUUUAUAGAGCAAAAAUAAUAAAAAUUACAGCCCCACCUAACUGUUAGUCAGUUAUGAUAACUUUCUUAGUCUUUCAUACUUUCCAAAAUGUUGCCAGUUUGUUUGUAUUUAUGCCUCCUCAAUCUCUACUAUGUUAGAGAAAGAUCGGGCAGCCAAGCGAAGUCAGUAUGUGUGACGACAAACACUGUUUUGACCGAUUCGGUUUGCUGGGGAAUUAUUCCCUUAUCAUUCCCUUAUCACAAUCUCACAAACACACAACAACACGGCAGUACAACAAUUCCCCUCCGAUUGUGACUGUAGGUCGAAACGAACUGCACGACAAACCAACCAACCAGUACGCUGUCAUUCGCCUUCCCUGUAACAUUGCGUUCGCUGUUGCUUGUACAUAUCUCUUGCCCGAUGUGAGUCAUCGUUACACAUUUGCGUUUUAAAAGUUGUCGGUUGAUCGGUGCAAAAUGGAAAGUGUAAAAUCUUUGACAAUACUCGUGCAAUAUGGCCAACAGACGAAGAGCUUUCAAGUGAAUAAAAGGUCAAUGAUUAGAGAUUAUGAACAACUGCAGUGGUUUCUCGGCCGGAAUUGCUCCUUCACUGAGCCGGUGAAAUAUGCUGUAUACUGGAAAGACAAAAACCACUUCCCAAUUGAGAUUACUACCGAGUGUGGAUAUCAAACCUUUCUGCGUGAACAUGAAAAUUCCGAUGCGAUGCUUGGCGUGAAGGUGGAACCCAUACAGCCCAAACAAGUAACAAGUGAAGGUUCAACUGGAAUGUGGGGAAAACUUUAUGGCCGUUUCUUCAAGUCAAAUAAAAAUGAUCAGUCACCAAAAGCGAUACGAAACGAUGAUGGCAGCGAUAUGGCGGAAAGAGGAUUGGAAGCUCGCAAACCGGAAAGACCGGCCAUACCAUUCUAGGCAGCUUCAGGGGAAGAAGAACGAUUGACGAUCGAAAACAUAAAAGCGAGUGAAAAUAAAUUCUGAACAAAAAAAAAACGAAGUUUACUAAGAUAAGAUCAACAAUAUGGCGACAGGUAUUUUGUCCUUUUGUUCUUGUGGCCGUAAAUCGAAAAUUGAGAUAAAGUCGAUCACGAUCCAGAUCGCAGAGCUUAAGUAGUGACGAUAAAGAUUCUGCUGGGUGUCCGGAAUAACUAUAAAUAAAUAAACUAACCACCUUACUCCGGAAACUUA